GUUACGUUGCUGAACACUGACUGACAAUGGCCGAGAACGAGAUCCAAGAUAACCAACCUUUAAGGGCAAUUGCCCACCUGCCAAAAUUCGAUGGCACCAACCACCGAGAGUGGAAUUUUGAAAUUGAUUUAGUCUUCCAACACCAUGACUUGAAAGACGUAGUGUUGGGUAAUGAAGUACUCCCAGAAGAGGAUCGAAAUGAAGCUGGUGAAUUGCUGAAUGAUGCAGCCAUAAGGCUAUGGACGAGGAAAAACAUCACCGCUAUUAACUUCAUAUUUGCCUCGAUUACGAAAAAAAUGAAAGAAAACUUAUACACUCCUGGCCUCAAUGCGGCACAAAUAUGGGCGAAGUUAAAUCUACAAUAUCAGCUCCAAACCGAAGAACAGCUGCAUCUUCUAUGGCAACAAUACUACGACUUCAAACAUACAGCUGGUACCUUUUCUUAUAUCAUUCAUUUUUUUCCCUACUGAUCAAGUUUCUCUCCUUAACAGGAGACGAUGC